UCGCGUUUUUACACAUAAACCCUAAUUUCGAGUGCCAUUAUCAGAUAAACCACGCAUUGAUGACCAUGCCCGUCCUUUACGAGCAAGAUAAGCACGUCUCCUCUGCUAUUCUGACCGGACAGGAGAGAGGUGUGCUUAGAUGUCAGGAACGAACGUCAUUGCUUCAUCACUGGAAGCUUACAAAGGAGCAGAUAGAAUUGGUGGAGAAAGCAGGUUUUGGUUGGUUUAGGCUAAUAGGAUCAAUUAGUUUGAACAAUUCGCUUAUCUCUGCGCUUGUCGAGAGGUGGCGUAGAGAAACCAACACGUUUCACUUCCCCUGUGGCGAGAUGACAAUUACUCUCGAUGAGGUAUCGUUGAUUCUCGGUCUUGCUGUUGAUGGGAAACCUGUGGUUGGUGUUAAGGAAAAAGAUGAAGACCCUUCUCAAGUAUGUCUGAGACUUUUGGGGAAGCUACCGAAAGGUGAGUUGAGCGGUAAUCGAGUGACUGCGAAAUGGUUGAAGGAGAGUUUUGCAGAGUGUCCAAAGGGAGCUACAAUGAAAGAGAUUGAGUAUCACACUCGUGCGUAUCUUAUAUACAUUGUUGGGAGCACGAUAUUUGCAACUACAGAUCCCAGUAAGAUCUCUGUUGAUUACCUUAUUCUCUUUGAGAAUUUUGAGAAAGCUGGAGAAUAUGCUUGGGGUGCUGCCGCACUAGCUUUCUUGUAUAGACAAAUUGGUAAUGCCUCUCAACGGUCUCAGAGUAUCAUUGGUGGUUGCUUGACACUCUUACAGUGCUGGAGUUACUUCCACCUCAAUAUUGACAGGCCAAAGAGAACCACUCGCCAAUUUCCACUAGCUCUUUUGUGGAAAGGAAGGCAACAGAGUCGAUCAAAGAAUGAUUUGUUCAAGUAUCGCAAAGCACUUGACGAUCUAGAUCCAUCAAAUGUUAGUUGGUGCCCCUUUGAAGGAGACCUCGACAUUGUGCCACAAAGUUUUAAAGAUAAUCUACUACUUGGAAGGUCCAGAACAAAACUGAUUGGUCCAAAAGUAGUAGAAUGGCACUUCCCAGAUCGAUGCAUGAAGCAGUUUGGGCUGUGCCAAGUUAUCCCCGGAGAAGUUCCUCCCAGGAAAAACGAGAAAAACCAUGAUGAAGACUUACUGGAAGACAUGAACACAGCAGAUGAGGAAUGGAUGAGACGAAGGGAAAACAUCGUGGAGAAUGAAGGAGGUAUCGGUGAUGAAAGUGAAUAUAUGCAGUGGUUCAAUAGCAUCACAGUCCCAAAGCUUCACAGAGAUACAAGUCUCGAAGCUGAUAUAAUGAACGUGCAAGCUGCUAUACUACAAUUUGACGAGGUGGCCUCAACUUUAUCAUUAGAGGAUCUACAUCCAGAGGAGAGAGAAGCAAUUGAAGAAGCAGUGAUGUCUAUGUCCAAUGCCUUGAGAAUGGAGUUUCUCGGCGACAGUCAAAAUCACGACAGUUCUGAAACGGAGAAGAAGAAUAAGAAGAAGAAGCGAUUUCACCGCCACACACCUCACCAGAUCCAACGGCUUGAAUCAACUUUCAAUGAGUGUCAACAUCCAGAUGAGAAACAGAGGAACCAACUUAGUAGAGAAUUGGGUUUAGCUCCAAGACAGAUCAAGUUCUGGUUUCAAAACAGAAGAACACAAAAGAAGGCACAGCACGAGAGAGCUGAUAAUUGUGCAUUGAAAGAAGAGAAUGAUAAGAUUCGUUGCGAAAACAUUGCGAUUAGAGAGGCUAUUAAACAUGCCAUUUGCCCCAACUGUGGUGAUUCUCCUGUUAAUGAAGACUCUUACUUUGAUGAACAAAAGCUUCGCAUUGAAAAUGCACAGCUUAGAGAUGAGCUCGAAAGGGUUUCGAGUAUUGCAGCUAAAUUCAUAGGGAGACCAAUCUCUCAUCUUCCACCGUUACUAAAUCCGAUGCAUGUUUCGCCAUUGGAGUUAUUCCACACCGGUCCUUCUCUUGAUUUUGAUCUUCUUCCAGGAAGUUGUUCUUCAAUGGCUGUUCCUAGUUUACCAUCUCAGCCAAACUUGGUUUUAUCAGAGAUGGAUAAGUCUCUUAUGACCAACAUUGCUGUGACCGCUAUGGAAGAAUUGCUUAGGCUUCUUCAAACUAAUGAGCCUCUAUGGUUCAAAACUGAUGGAUGCAGAGAUGUUCUCAAUAUCGAAAGCUAUGAGAAUACAUUUCCAAGAUCAAGUAGUAGUGGUGGAAAGAAGAAUAACCUUCGAAUGGAAGCAUCUAGAUCUUCUGGUGUUGUUUUCACUAAUGCUAUUACACUUGUGGACAUGCUCAUGGACUCUGUCAAAUCAGCAGAGCUUUUUCCCUCAAUCGUUGCAUCAUCUAAAACCCUUGCAGUGAUUUCAUCGGGAUUGCGUGGAAACCAUGGAGAUGCAUUGCAUUUGAUGAUUGAAGAGCUUCAAGUGCUUUCGCCAUUGGUAGCUACGCGUGAGUUCUGUGUGCUAAGAUAUUGUCAGCAGAUGGAACAUGGAACUUGGGCAAUUGUAAAUGUCUCCUAUGAGUUUCCUCAGUUUACAUCUCAAUCUCGGUCAUAUAGAUUUCCUUCUGGUUGCUUGAUCCAAGAUAUGUCCAAUGGCUAUUCAAAGGUUACUUGGGUCGAACAUGGUGAAUUCGAGGAGCAAGAACUGAUCCAUGAGAUGUUUAAAGAUCUUGUUCAUAAAGGAUUAGCUUUUGGGGCUGAACGUUGGAUUGCUACUCUCCAAAGAAUGUGUGAGCGAUUCACAAAUCUAUUGGAACCCGCAACAUCAUCUCUUGAUCUUGGAGGAGUGAUUCCAUCGUCAGAAGGGAAGAAAAGUAUAAUGAGACUUGCUCACAGAAUGGUAAACAACUUCUGCUUGAGUGUUGGCACAUCUAACAACACUCGCUCAACGGUUGUCUCGGGACUGGAUGAAUUUGGAAUCCGUGUGACUUCGCAUAAGAGCCGUCAUGAACCCAAUGGAAUGGUUCUGUGUGCAGCCACCAGUUUCUGGCUCCCGAUUUCUCCACAAAACGUUUUCAAUUUCCUCAAAGAUGAAAGAACUCGGCCUCAGUGGGACGUUCUUUCAAAUGGAAACUCUGUCCAAGAAGUUGCUCAUAUCACAAACGGAUCAAAUCCUGGAAACUGCAUAUCAGUUCUUCGUGGAUUCAAUGCAUCAUCAUCACAAAACAAUAUGUUGAUUCUACAAGAAAGCUGCAUAGACUCAUCAAGCGCAGCGCUUGUGAUCUACACUCCAGUGGAUUUACCAGCAUUGAACAUGGCAAUGAGUGGUCAAGAUACAUCUUAUAUUCCGAUAUUACCCUCGGGUUUCUCGAUUUCACCAGACGGAAGCAGCAAAGGAGGAGGAUCAUUGAUAACGGUUGGGUUUCAGAUAAUGGUGAGUGGUUUGCAACCGGCAAAACUGAACAUGGAGUCAAUGGAGACAGUAAAUAAUCUCAUCAAUACCACUGUCCACCAAAUUAAAACGACCUUGAAUUGUCCUUCAACUGCUUGACGACACCAUUAAAAGCCAUUUCCCCAUCUGAUUUCUGAGAAGGGUCUUCAAUGAGCAGAGAAGUGAAAGUCAUUAAUAGUAUCUUGUCUUCAAUGCCUGCAAAGAGUGUAAGAAAUCAUUAUUCUUCUG